AUGCCUGUGCUAUACCAUCUGACUUUACAAAAGCCAACGGCUAUCACAAAAAUUGCAUACGGGAAUUUCUCUGCCCCUAGAGUACACGAAAUUGUGGUAUCAAAAGGACAAGUGUUGGAACUUCUAAGAGCAGAUAAGCAAGGGAAAUUAAAUUUAAUAGUAUCUAAGGAUGUAUUUGGAAUAAUCCGUUGCUUGCAGACGUUUCGACUUACAGGGAGUAAUAAAGAUUACAUAGUGAUAGGUAGCGAUUCAGGAAGAUUAGUAAUUUUAGAAUUUAGUCAAGAGAAAAAUGAUUUCUUAAGAGUGCACUGUGAAACAUAUGGAAAGAGUGGCAUUCGUAGAAUUAUUCCAGGUGAAUAUAUUGCAGUAGAUCCCAAAGGUAGAGCACUAAUGAUAUGUGCAAUAGAGAGACAAAAAUUUGUAUACAUCCUGAAUAGAGAUAAUAAAGAAAAUUUAACAAUUAGUAGUCCUUUAGAUGCACAUAAGUCUCAUUCGAUUUGUCACGACGUGGUAGGUUUAGAUGUCGGUUUUGAGAAUCCUAUAUUUGCUUCAAUUGAACAGAAUUAUGAAAAUUUUGAUAAACAUAUUACCAAUACUAAUGAAUUAGAUGAAUGUGUAAAGAAAACACUCUUAUGCUUUUGGGAAAUGGAUUUAGGAUUAAAUCAUGUAAUACGUAAACAUACACUACCUAUCGAUACAAGUGCACAUCUAUUGAUUCCAAUUCCUGGGGGUCAGAAUGGACCAAGUGGAGUUAUUGUAUGUUGUGAUAAUUAUUUAGUGUAUAAAAAAGUAGAUCAUGUAGAUGUAUAUUGUGCAUAUCCAAGGAGAUUGGAAAUAGGGCAAGAGAAGAAUGUAUCUAUAGUAUGUAGUGCAAUACAUAGAAUAAGAAAAUUUUUUUUCAUUCUUAUACAAUCCGAAUUUGGAGAUUUAUAUAAAAUUGAAAUGGAACAUGAAGAUGGAAUUGUAAAAGAAAUUACGUGCAAAUAUUUUGAUACAGUUCCUGUAGCUAAUGCCAUAUGUGUACUAAAAUCAGGUACUUUUUUCGUAGCUGCAGAAUUUGGGAAUCAUUUUUUUUAUCAAUUUUCAGGAAUAGGUGAUGAAGAUAAUGAAGCUAUGUGUACAUCUAAACAUCCAUCUGGAAAAAAUGCAAUAAUUGCAUUUAAAACAAAGAAAUUAACCAAUUUGUUUAUGAUAGAUCAAGUAUAUUCUCUUUCACCCAUUCUCGAUAUGAAAAUAAUAGAUGCAAAAAAUUCAAGUACACCACAAAUUUAUGCUCUCUGUGGAAGAGGGCCAAGGUCAUCUCUUAGACUCUUACAACACGGAUUGAGUAUAGAAGAAUUGGCAGAUAAUGAAUUACCAGGAAAGCCACAAUUCAUUUGGACUAUCAAAAAAGAUAAUGCAAGUGAGUAUGAUGGAUAUAUAAUUGUAAGUUUUGAAGGAAGUACUUUAAUUCUAGAAAUAGGUGAAACGGUUGAAGAAGUGGUAGAUAGUCUACUACUAACAAAUGUGACGACCUUACAUGUUAAUAUCUUGUAUGAUAAUUCAUUCAUUCAGGUUUAUGACACAGGGAUAAGACACAUGAAUGGAAAAGUAGUGCACGAAUGGAUACCACCUAAGAAUAAACAAAUCAAAGCAGCAGCAUCAAAUAGUUCACAAAUUGUUGUCUCGCUAAGUGGUGGAGAGUUAAUCUAUUUCGAAAUUGAUGAAUCACACACACUUGUAGAAAUAUUUAGAAAAAAUUUGAACGUAGAAAUUCUAUGUCUUUCCAUGCAACAAAUUCAGGAAAAUAAACUCAGGGCAAAUUUUUUAGCUGUCGGAUGUUUAGAUAAUGUUGUUAGAUUAUUAUCAAUUGAAAAGGAAAAAUAUUUUAAUCAAUUAUCUACAUUUAUACUUCCUAACAAUUCAUCAGCACAAGAUAUAUGCAUCUCAGAAAUGAGUGAAUUAGGAAAUGAUAAAGACAGAAAUGUCUUAUUUCUAAAUAUUGGAUUGAACAAUGGUAUUCUUCUAAGAAGUGUAAUAGAUCCAAUAACUGGUACAUUAACGAAUCAUUAUUCAAAAUAUUUAGGUGCGAAAAGUGUAAAAAUAUGUCUCGUGCAUGUUAAUAAAAAUUCAGCACUUUUGGUACUUUGUGAAAAAACUUUUUUAUGCUACGUGCAUCAAGGAAAAUAUAUUUAUUCCCCAUUAAAUUAUGAUAUGCUCGAACAUGCAUCUUCUUUCCAUUCGGAGCAAUGUUCAGAUGGAUAUGUAGCUAUAUCUGGAAAUGGAUUACGUAUUUUUAGAUUCUAUCGAUUGGGGGAAGUAUUCAGCCAAAACAUUCUGCAUCUAACUUUUACUCCUAGAAAAAUUGUACCUUUACCAUUUCCUUCUCUCUUCUAUGACCAUGAUACUUCUAUCGAAAUUGAGACACAGAAGAACAUUCGUAUGCUUGCAAUUAUUGAAGCUGAUCAUAAUACUUAUGAUGAAAAUACGUUGACUGAAAUUCAAAAGGCAUUGAAAGGAAUUAAGUUAGAUGCUGAUGAGACAAGAAGUGCAACAGAAUCAAACAAAGGUACUACUGGUUCAACAAAGGGGAAGAUUGAACGUACCCAAACACUUACGAAUGACAUACCGGAUCGAAUUUCCAAUGGAAUUAACACUCAUGCAUAUGCAGAUAAGGAAGAAGAGGGCUGUUCUACAAAAAAUCAUUAUCUUGAUGGAGAAAAUCCUGGGAAUAAAAAUAAAAGUGAUAUUGGCAUGAAUCCUCAUCUAGAGAAAGGAAUCCAUAUGGAAAACCAACUUAAUAACGAAAAUGGAGAAGUAAAACAAGCACAAGAAGAGGAAGAGGAAGGAGAAGAAGAAGAAGAAGAGGAAGAAGAAGAACUACUCUAUGAUCGAAUUGGAACUUUCAAAGCAGGGUCAGGUAAGUGGGGAUCUUGUAUAAAAAUAAUCCAUCCAACAAAUUUACAAAUCAUAGAUAAAAUUUCCCUCGAAAUGGAAGAAGCAGCAUUGAGUGUAUGUGCAUGUGAAUUGGAAGCUUUGCACUGUUUAAUAGUGGGAACCACAACAAGCUUAUCACUGAAAAGUAGAAAUGCUUCAGCAGCUGCAUUACGUGUAUACACAUACGACAUUAGAUACAAACUCAACCUAUUACAUAUAACACCAAUAGAAGAUCAACCUUUCUGUUUCUGUCCUUUCAACGGAAGACUUUUAGCUUCUGUUGGAAAUAAAUUAAGAAUAUAUGCAUUAGGAAAAAAAAAAUUAUUAAAAAAAUGUGAAUAUAAAGAUAUCCCGGAAGCUAUCAUUUCAAUUAAAGUUUCUGGAGAUCGUAUCUUUGCUUCUGACAUUCGAGAAUCAGUUUUAAUAUUUUUUUAUGAUUCCAAUAUGAACACCUUAAGAUUAAUAUCGGAUGAUAUUAUUCCAAGAUGGAUAACUUGUUCAGAAAUUCUUGAUCACCACACUAUUAUGGCUGCUGAUAAAUUUGAUUCUGUUUUCAUCCUAAGGGUACCUGAGGAAGCCAAACAGGAGGAGUAUGGUAUAUCGAACAAGUGUUGGUAUGGAGGCGAAAUUAUGGCCGGUUCUAACAAAAAUAGAAGGCUCGAACACAUCAUGAGUUUCCAUGUCGGAGAAUUGGUAACUUCUUUACAAAAGGUUAAAUUAUCGUCCACUAGUAGUGAGUGUAUAAUAUACUCCACCAUCAUGGGAACUAUAGGAGCCUUUAUUCCAUAUGACAAUAAGGAAGAGUUGGAGUUAACUCAACACUUGGAAAUAAUUUUAAGGACUGAAAGCCCCCCCUUGUGUGGACGUGAACAUAUAUUUUUUCGUUCCUACUACCAUCCCGUUCAGCAUGUUAUUGACGGAGACUUGUGCGAACAAUUUUCAAGUCUACCAUACGAUGUUCAGAGAAAAGUUGCAUCUGAUUUAGAAAGAACCCCUGAUGACAUCUUAAGGAAAUUAGAAGAUAUUCGCAAUAAAAUUCUUUAA